GAGCACUAGCGUUUAGUUGCCGAUCUUGUAGCCACUAUAUUAGUAUUUUGUAUUGUGUAUGGCUACUAAUCUUGAAAACAAAUCUUGGCUGCUCAGUUGUCAAUGAUCAGUAGUCGGUUUCCAUACGCUAGUUGUCAUACAUAAUAUAGUUGUUACUAUAUCCUAUCCAGGGUAUAAAAAUUUAUUGCAGCAAACACGAUGAAUAUGCAACGUUUUGAUAUAGAGCUCUCCAAUUUUUAGUAAAUCGUUCUGCCCAUUCGGCAUCAGAGACCAGGCCACGCUCAUUGCAUAAACUAAAACGCUCAAACACCAAAACUAAAAACACAAGAGAACUGUUAUGUAUAAACAAAUGUGGGUGGGAGGUCUUCCUUCAACAUGUUUCCUCGUAUAAGGCUGAGUGCUGUUAAUUUUUCUGGUUCAUGGCUAUGUUGCACUCUGCUGUUACAAGUAUACCUAUUCACUGUUGCUAACAGCGCACAUGUAAGCAUUUUAAACAUUUAUAUUGUUAGUAAAUAUUGCAAGUAAUGCAUUUCCGGGAGAGACAAUUGAAAGACAGUGACCAUCAAAUUCAAACAUACGCAUAUACAACUACAAGUUUUUGCACACUUGAGCAUUUCGCUUUUUGCUCAGGCUGCUAUUAGCAAAGCAAAAUCAUACUGUUGACUUUUCGUAAACAUCAUUAUGUUAUUGUUACUUCACCCACCGCGUUUUUCGUGGACAUCUAACAGAACUGUUUGGCAUAAAACUUUGUACCACCCAAGUGAGUCACACAGUUGCAGAGCGAAGGUCGUUCGUGACGGUUCGUAAAUUUUGAUUUAAAUGUGUUAGCCCGUGUUAAAUUACAUGUGAUUAUAUUGUGCGAAUAAUUUGUUGUGAGAAAUGCAGGUGCGAUUGUCAAUAGUGCAAAGAAAAAUUAUAAAGAAGUGCUGGUUACACUAUUUUGUGCGCUUUUAAUAAAACUUUAAAAACUCGUCGCCUUGCCACAACUGUGACCUUGUCAAUAACGAUUUUUUCAGCGCGCAGUUAUAGUAUUUGCAAGCAACUAUAAUUAUUUGAACGACCAGUUUUUAAAGUAAGCGGGUGAACAAAAAUAAACACAAUUACGACAGCAGUAAAAAGAUGACAAUGAUAAGUGCAGAGCAGCCGGUAACGCAUCUUAAUGGCGAUGCAACAUUUGGGAUCCCAACAAUGCUUUCCGAUGUCACCGAACUGCCCUCCGUGCAACUGGGCGAGUACACGCUGCAAUUUGAAUUGGGCGAACCUACAGAGCGUGCCAAGGAAGUGGCCCUAAGGGAGUUACGUGAAACACCAGAAAAUAAAGAAGCGGCGACUAAAGAAUUAAGACAGUUAUUGGAAGCCCAGACAGACUUGCUGUACCCAAAGGACAAUGAUGAAUGGCUAGUGCGAUUCUUGCGGCCCUGCAAAUACUACCCGGAAAGUGCGCGUGAUUUGAUCAAACGAUACUACGCGUUCAAACAGAAGCACGCCAACGUCUAUGACGGCCUUACGCCGAGCAAAGAGGCAAACAUUUUCGAGCACAACAUACUCACAGUCUUUCCGAAUCGCGAUCAAUGCGGUCGGCGUAUCUUGUUACUCGAGCUGGGCAAACGCUGGAAGCACAAGCAAGUCACACUCGAUGAGGUCUUCAAGGGCGCUGUACUCUUUCUUGAGGCUGCUAUGUUAGAGCCGGAGACACAAAUUUGUGGCGCCAUUGUGAUAUUCGAUAUGGACGGCCUGAGCUUGCAACAGACCUGGCAAUUUACGCCGCCCUUCGCUAAGCGUAUUGUCGACUGGCUGCAAGAUUCCGUGCCGCUACGUGUCAAGGCCAUACACAUUGUUAAUCAGCCGAAGAUUUUCAAUGUUGUCUUUGCGCUCUUCAAGCCAUUCUUGCGUGAGAAACUGCGUUCGCGUAUCUAUUUCCACGGCAACGACCGCGACUCGCUGCACAAACACAUCUCGCCCAAAUGCUUGCCAGCCACCUAUGGUGGCGAUUUGGAGUUGAAACGCGUCGACGGCAGUCAGUGGUAUGAAUUGCUGUUGUUGUGCGAUAAGGAGUAUGUGGCGAUAAACUCGUAUGGGUAUAAAAAGAAGUAAACGGCUGUGGGAGUGUAGGGUAAAUGACGUGAAUUUCGGGUAAAAAUUGUGUAUAAUUCCUGCUAUGUUGCCAAUUUUCUGGAAAUAUUGUAGAACAAAAUCUACUACAAAUCAAAAAAAAAAAAAUACAUUUCAAAUUUAUUUAUACAUAUUUCCAAGUUGCUUAAGUGAUAAUAAUUAUAAAUUUGAAAAUAGCUUUAAGUUAAAUGUAUUUAAGCUGUGGAUCAGAGAUUUUGAAAAAAGUAUAAAAAGUCCGGCAACUCAAAAACUGUAAGAAAAUCGUUUAAAAGCAUUUCCGUACUUAAAUACUUAUAUACAUAAAGAUUAAAUUUAUUAGUUUUUUGCAAUUUUCUUAAGUAACAUUUUUGGAAUUCGGAAAACUAAAAAUCCAAAAAUAAAAAACUUAUUUUGUAUAAAAUAUUUAAUAGAUUAGAAAAACUUUAUUUUAGGGCUAACAGGUAUAGUUAUAGUAUUUUUUCUUUAGCUGCAUUUGAAAUGUGAAAAAAUUAAAUAAAACACAUUUAAUUAUAAA